CGUCCCGGCUUAGAAUGUAAACACCAUAACGUCAACAUCCUGUUCAAGUAAAAUGCAUAGAACUCACAAUGUAACUUUAUUAGAGAAGCCACUUUAUUAGAGAAGCAACAUUAAGUAUGAACACUUGGUCCAUUUUGUACAUCCUCUUAGCUUGUUUGAACUUUGUUUAUGUUACUGCUGGCAAAAUAUUCUCCGAACAAAACUGUGAUUGGAUGCAAGGUGAUUGUCUAACAGACGAAUCCGUAAAAGAAAGGUGUGAAAAGAAUUGUUCCAGGACACCCCCUGGAUGUUUAUUUAGAGUUGACAGAUUUGGUACUGGCCUGAAAUAUCAAUGUCAUUGCUUCGAUAUCGGUGACUGUGACUUCGACAACGAUGGGUAUUGCAACGGGACUAAAUGUUUUUUUGGUCAUUCUGGACCUACAUGUUUAUAUUACGAGUCUUUUGCGACGGCUGUCAAAAGUUACAAAGAAAGGUAUCUGAGGCACCGAAGGGCCACGUGCCAGCCAAUCCCUAAAAGGAUACUCUUCCCACAUGUAUUCAGAAUCAACUGGGUCAAAUUUAAUAUUUCUCCAGCAGAAAAUAUUGCCCUUGGGCGACCAGCUUUCCAGUCGUCUGAUUUUGAAGUUAAUUUCCUGGAUGGUGACAACCUUUGCAGCUCCAAGUAUUUGGCCACAGCAAGUUUUGCUGUGGAUGGCAAAUACAACCAAAACUUCCAGCACAAGUCGUGUAGUCGCACGAAGGAAAAACCCAGCAAAAGUUAUUGGUAUGUGAAACUGGACAGGAAUUAUACUAUAAACCAGAUUAGGAUAUACACUCACAGUUUCUUCCUUUACAGUUUGAAUGUAUUUGUCGGGGACAAAAACAAUCCAUGUUCCCAGUUAUGCUACAAAAGCAAGUCAACUGAAAGUAUUCUUUAUAUAUCUUGUCAACGUCCGUUGGUUGGUGAAAGUGUUUGUAUCCAAACAGCCAAGAAAUACGCCUCUUUGUCCUUGUGUGAAGUAGAAGUCAUCCAAUGCCGUGAAGGUUUUUACGGGUCGUUUUGUCAGCAUCAAUGUGAUCAAUCUUCUGGUAAUUGUACGCUUGGCACCCAUCAGAAGAAUGAUUCAAACACAUUUCAAGAACCCACAAAUGGCGUGACAUCGUCAAGUAAUCUUACUAUCGGCGUUAUCGUUGGUGUUUUUCUUGCUGUUGGUGUUGGUGUUGCUGUGGCAGACAUUUGGAGGUUGUGGAUGUAG